AUGAAGUUGAAUUUUGAAAAUAAAACCUUAACAGUUGGCAUCAACGAGAAUGCUCCAUAUACUUUUUUACGUGUAGACGAUGAAUUCGAAAAAUGGUUUACAGUUGGUGGUUCAGAAACUCGUCUUUUGGAAACAUUAAGUUUAUAUUUUAAUUUCACAUAUAAAUUGGUUAAUUGCCACCGAAAUUGGGGACAUAAAAAUGAAAAUGGCACUUGGAAUGGCCUGAUUGGAUUGUUGUUUGGACAAAAUGCUGAUUUCGGCAUUGGUGGUGUGAGCAUCAAUCAUGAACGAAAUGAAGCUGUUUUAUUUUUAUAUCCACAUCAAAUGGAUCCAGUAACAUUCACAACACCUGCAGCAUCAAUAAAUGAUUAUUAUAGACAUUUUUUAAUCGAACCAUUUGAAACAUCCGUAUGGCAUUCUUUUAUUCUGUGUAUCUCCAUAUGUAUCAUAUUAGAUCGUAUUAUCAAGAAAUAUGAUCAAAAAUCUGAUCUUUUCUGGGCCAGUUUAGUGUUGUUAUUUCGUCAACCACGAAAUAUUAGAACAAAUUUAUCUAGUCAACCAUUUCUAUCAUGGAUCAUUUGCUGGAAUAUUGGAAUGUUUAUAUUUUCAACCGCUUAUGCAGGGCAGUUCUAUUCAUUGAUUACUGUGCCAGAAAUUCCUGAUGAAAUAGAUUCAGUUCUUCAAUUAUAUCAUGAAGUUCAAUCAGAUGAAAUGUUCGUUGUGACCGUUGCCAAUUCUCUAUAUACUUCUAUUGUAAAGAAUUUUCCAUUAGAUAUUGGAAAAAAUUCACAAGUCGUUGGAGAUGCUAAAGAAGGAUUCAAAUUGGUUAGAAAUAAUAGUGAACAAUUGCCACGUGUAGCAUUUAUAGCCGAACGAAAAAAAUUGCUAUAUCAUAGAAUAAUGUCUGGAGAAAAAUUCUUUCAUAUACCACCAGAAAAUUUUGAUUCUUCAUUAUUUAUAGAUAUAUUAUCCAUACCAAUGAGACAAAACUUUCCCUAUGUAAAAGAAUUUGAUACAACGUAUGUCUAA